AUGGUGCUAAUGAUGAGAGAGAAAGCGAAGAAAUUGGAGACGAAGCCAGAGAAGCAGCAGAGCGAUGAAGAAGAUAGGACUGGGGAUGCGAAAUAUCCAGACACACCAGUAGAAUCAGAAGAGGAGUGGGAUCAAUGGAUGUCUAAAGGAAAGACUAGAAGCAAGCCUAUGUAUCAUGGCCGUUUGGACGAAGAACCAUACAUCUGGUUGUUUCAGAAGUUUGAUAGUGAGAUGGAGUUUAAGGAUCAGUUGCUUCGAUAUGCACUCAACACACAGUAUGAUGUUAAAAUGGCGAAGUCUGAAGCAAAUAGAAUAGCUGCAGUUUGUUCUGUUAAGAAAUGUCCUUGGAGAGUGUUCUGCUCUGUUGAAAUCCCUAUCAAUAAGUGGAUGGUAAAAGUGUGUCACAACAAGCACAACCAUGAGAAAUCAAGUCGGGUCUCAAUGCUGAAACAAGGAGUGAUUGCCGCAUUAUUCAGAGAGGAGUUAAGAAGAAAUGUGAACAUGCAAGCAUCUGAGAUAAAAGACAUCAUAAAGGAAAGGUAUAGCAUUGUGGUACCUAUCUCAAAGUGUUAUAGAGGAAGACGGAUAGCACUAGACUCAAUCCUCGAAGCACAAGCCAUUCAAUUCGGGAAACUGUGGGACUAUGAGGCUGAGCUACGGAGAACACAUCCAGGUAUCAUCACAGAGCUGAACACUACUGAUGUGAAUGGUGUGCCGCAGUUUGACAGCUUCUACAUCUGUUUUCAAGAAUUUCGAGAGACUUGGAAGAGAUGUUGUAGACCAGUUAUUGAACUAGAUGGGUGUUUCUUGAAAUGGGAGUUGAAUGGAGAUUUACUCUCAGCUGUUGGUAGAGAUGCUGAUAAUAGGAUGUAUCCUAUAGCAUGGGCUGUUGUUAAAGGAGAAAACAAAGACACUUGGGGUUGGUUUAUAAAGAGGCUGAAAGCGGAUCUUGGCUUGGGAUUAGGAGACAACUACACCAUCAUUUCGGACAAGCAAAAAGGGCUUGUAAUUGCAGUGGGAGCAGAAUUACCUCAUGCGGAGCAUCGAAUGUGUGCACGCCAUAUAUAUGGAAACUGGAAAAAAUCAUUCUCUCGGAGUGAGUACAAGAAUUUGUUCUGGGGAGUUGCUUACAGCUACAAUGUUGGUGAAUAUGAUGACAAGAUGCUUGAGGUGGAGACAUAUGACCCAGCAGCUCAUGCCGCACUACUAAGAACUGAUCCAGAGAGAUGGUGUAGAGCUUAUUUUUCUACUGAAUCUCGCUGCCAUGAUGUGCACAACAACCUCUCUGAAAGCUUCAACAGAACAAUAAAGAUUGCGAGAUCAAAACCUGUCCUCUCUUUGUUAGAAGAUAUAAGAAGACAAGCUAUGCGAAGGAUAGCACGGAGGUUUAUUAAAGCAGAGAGGUGUGAUACCAUAUUAACACCAAUCACUAUGGCACUGCUAGAGAAAGCAAGGGUUGAAAACAAAUUCUGCACCACUAUAAGAAGUUCUUCCACAUUGUAUGAGGUGAAUGAGUUCAAUCAAGACUACAGAGUGAGACUAUCAACACACGAGUGUGCAUGUAGGCGUUGGGAUUUAACUGGUAUACCAUGCAAGCAUGCUAUAUGUGUUCUCGAUGAUAAUAGAGAUGAUCCUGUGAAAUAUGUGUCUGCUUACUACCAUUCGAGUGUAAUGAGAGACACAUAUGCUGAGAAUAUCAAGCCAGUUAAUGGUGAGAAGUUGUGGAAGAAAACAUGGAAAACACCAGUAGGCAUUCCCGAGUUUCGGAAGCCUCGAGGUCGACCAAAGCUGUGUGAUAGAAGAAAAGAACCAUUUGAGGAUCUACAAAGGCCUGGCAAAAGUACAAGGCAUGGUCGGACUGUACACUGCAGUAACUGUCUACAGGCGGGACAUAUCAAAAGUGGUUGUAAAAACCAGAAAGUUACAGUCGAAGGUCCAAAAAACAAGAGAGGGCGACCUCGUAAGGCUCCAAGUGACGUACCAAAACGACCUACUAAGCCAAGGAAAAAGAAGAAUCCGACUUCUGUAAGCAGUUCUCAACCAGCACCAGCUGCUGAAUCAAGUUCCACAUUUCCUGCUACAUCAAGUACACCGGAACAAGCUAGCUCAUCAGUGCCGCAGGUGAAGAAGAUCAAACGUGGACCACCAUUGAAGAUAAACAAGAGUGGACCAAUUCCAAGAGGUGUUGGUGUGCUACAUUGUCCAUACACAGAUCGCGUUUUUGAGGUCAUAAACAACAGAGUUUAUGAUACCUCAGCUCCCCCACCCGAACCCCCGCAAUAA